AUGGUUAAAGUUUCUUAUAUAUUGGGAGCAAAUAUUGUGGGUAUUGUGGGUUUUUUGCCGUCUAAUACCUACUUUUUGUUCAGGUGUGUUCGUUUGUCCCGCUUUGAAAAUGACCGGACAAUCUCCUUUAUACCUCCUGAUGGAUCUUUCGAUCUCAUGACGUAUAGACUCAGUACUCAGGUAAAGCCUUUGAUAUGGGUGGAAGCACAGGUUGAAAGACAUUCUAGAAGCCGUAUGGAAAUAAUGGUAAAGGCCCGCAGCCAGUUCAAAGAGCGUAGCACUGCAACAAAUGUUGAAAUUGAGUUGCCUGUACCAUCUGAUGCCACCAACCCUAAUGUUCGGACAUCAAUGGGAUCUGCUGCUUAUGCUCCUGAAAAUGAUGCAUUGAGGUGGAAAAUAAAAUCGUUCCCAGGUGGUAAAGAAUAUAUGUUGAGAGCUGAGUUUACCUUUCCAAGUGUAACUGCUGAAGAAGCAAUUCCUGAGAGAAAAGCUCCUGUACGUGUGAAGUUUGAGAUACCGUAUUUCACAGUUUCAGGAAUACAGGUUCGUUACUUGAAGAUCAUUGAGAAAAGUGGCUACCAGUCUCUUCCGUGGGUGAGAUACAUAACAAUGGCUGGUGAAUAUGAAUUGAGGCUUAUGUGA